CUCUCCCUCUCAACGACACCCUAACCACCACACCACUCCCAAACAACUCCAACUCCAAACCCAACUACAACAACAAAAACCAAAAGAAAAUGGGUGCCCCUGAGUCCGAAUCCCCCGCCGCCGUCCAGCAGCAAAAUGAAUGGGCCAACGGCUUCUGGGACUGCUUCUCACCCGCCGGAACCUGCUUCUGGGGCUGCUGUCUCCCCUGCUGUCUCUUCGGCAAAACGCAAUCUCGACUGGACGACCCCCAGCUCAAAGAAUACAGCUACAUGAACGGCAACUGCUGCCUCUACUACCUCACAGCCCAAGUAGGUUUCCACUGGGUUCUGCUCAUGAUCCGCCGCGGCGAGAUCCGCCAGCGCUUCGGCAUCGAGGGCUCCGGCGUCGGCGACUGCUGCUCGUCCUACUGGUGUCCGUGCUGCGUGAUCAUGCAGCAUGAGAAGGAGAUCGAGGCCCAGAGUGAGCGCCCGCAGACCGGGUAUCAGGCUCCCACGGGUAUGGCUUAUGCUCCGCAAUGAUCUCUUUUUUCGGACGUAAGUAUGUGUGUGUGUGUAUGGGGACUUGGGGGUUCUUGCUAGUGAUCUAUGGCAGGGGGCUUUCUUUCGUUUGAUGGUAUUUUCUUUUUAUUUUGAUAUUUGUUGAUGGUUUGGGUUAGAUUCCUCUAUGGCUUGGGCUUUUUCUUUCUUUUUUUCUUUCUUUUGUGGAUAUUUCUUUGGUGGUAAUGGUGGUAAUGGUGGUUAAUGAUGAGGGGUUGAUUGAUGGUUAUGAGUUUCAGUUAGUCUAGUCUCUGUCUGUUUACUAUGGUAUAUGCUAGA